AUGAUGAUGACUGGCCGUGUGCUGCUGGUGGGUGCCCUCUGCGUGCUGUGGUGCGGUUUAUCUGGAAUGGCGUUGAAUGACUACUGCAGUGAGGGUGGAGAGAACGGUUUGAGGCACACAAGUAAUGGUGGAAGUGACGGUGUGUCUCUAAAGGUGGACUGUGGGUUGUUAUCCGCUCCAAUGGGAUUAAUAAAGGCGGUUGAGGCUGCGGAUGAAGAACAAGAAUUAAGUGAUCCAGGACCACGGGAUAGGUCGGAGGAAUUAUCGCCUGAUAAUACGGAAGACGGCGGAGCGACUGGUUUAGGAAGAGAUGUUGUCGCAAUUCAAGCAGCAGCAAUACCGCCGAAGCCCGAAGGACCAGGUACAGGAAGACAGGAGGGUAAGUCGACAGUGGUGAAUACAAAAGGAAAAGAAGAAGAUAAUAAGAAAGGAACUGCAGCUGAUUCCAAAAAACUGAAACCUGAUCAAUCUUCUUCUUCAUCUGGCGGUUCUGGUCCUCCGGUUGGUGAAGAACCCCUUUCGGAAAAUUCCAAGAGUAGUAAAUACUCCGGUAUCCAGCUGAAAGAACAAGGAAAGGACCUUCGCAGUAAGUCUCACAGUCAUGAAGAGGUGGUGGAAGAAACAAGUGAAUCAGAACAAGAAGGAACAGAAGAAGACAAAUACAAAAAAAUAAAUGAUAAGGCACCCGCAGUGAUACGUGAAAAUCCAGUGGAACAGAAAGAAAUGCAAACAUCAACAUCCCCAACACAAGUGAAUGGACAGUCCGGUACUGAAGAUAACGUGCCCAUGCAACAGCUACAACAACCCCAAAGUGGAAUGAACCAAAACAACAAUUCACAAACAACGAGCGUUGCCCCCACUACAGCCAAUCAACACAAUGAGCCAUCUGCCAUCCAUACGGAAACAAGGCCACCAUCACCCACGGCAAAAAGAGAUGCCGCUAAUAUUGUUUCUGACAAGAGCACUGAAGACAGCAACCAGAACAAUGAUUUAGCAGCUGAUGGUGCAGUGACAGCAGAAGAAAAACAAAAUGAAAAUGACGAAGAAUCCGCAAAAGAAAAAAAUGGCGUUGGUGCAAAUUCCACCGCAAAUACAGACGAAAGUGACGGCAGCACCGCUGCCAUCCACUCCACCUCCCCUCUUUUGCUUCUUUUUGUUUCUGCGGCUGCGGCUGCGGUGGUGGCCGCGUGA